GUGAAUCUCGGGGAUGCAGCUCUGCAUGAAGCGAAGCAUGCACUUGCAGGAGACUGAGGAGAGUCUUUUGUCUUCACAUGGUCCGGUGUGGUUUCUCUCCUGUCUGUAAACUCGAUAGAAAUAAAGUCAAAGGCGCGGAGCAGGGUGAAAGGCGGGACUUCCUUUGGACAUAAACGCGUCCGGCUGUUUAUCUCUGCGUGCAGCUUCGAGGCGAGCCAGUGCAGGAUCAGAUAACGAGACUGUGUCAUCACACCACGCUAUGCUACGCCGCUUGCUGUGCGGAGGCUGCAGUCCUCUGCUCUGCAUUUGGGUCCUCCUGCUGCCUCUGGUCUCCCUCCAUCGUCUCAACCAACAUGGCCGCAGGAACCACAGCGUAAGGGACCGUUCCAAACUGCUGCUCGUCUCCUUUGAUGGAUUUCGCUGGGAUUACAUUGACCGGGUCCCGACGCCUAACUUCCACAAACUCAUCGACGAGGGUGUGAUGGUGGAGCAGGUGGAGAACGCUUACAUCACCAAAACCUUCCCCAACCACUACAGCUUGGUGACGGGGCUGUACGCCGAGACGCACGGCAUCGUGGCCAAUGAGAUGUACGACCCCGUUCUGAACCGCUCCUUUUCAAUGGAAACGGAUAGUAUUUAUGAGUCCCGGUGGUGGGAGGAAGCCGUGCCUCUCUGGGUGACCAUACAGAAAAGUGGAGGGCGGAGCGGAGCAGCAAUGUGGCCAGGGUCUGAUGUAAAGAUCCACGGCAUGUUCCCUAACCAGUACCUCCACUAUAACUCCUCAGUCUCUUUUGAAACCAGGGUGGAGUGCAUCAUUGAGUGGUUCGCUGCACCCAAAGAAGAAGCAGUAGAUUUUGGAGUUCUGUACUGGGAGGAACCAGAUGAAAGUGGGCACAUAUUUGGACCUCAGGACUCCAGAAUGGAUGCAGUCAUCUACGGAAUUGAUGAGAAGCUGGGCUUCCUUAUCAACGAGCUAAGGAAGGCGAGGCUGUAUGAGAAAGUGAACCUGAUAGUGACCAGUGAUCAUGGGAUGACACAGGUUUCUCCUGAUAAUAUCAUAGAGCUGGACCAGUAUGUGAGCAGAGACCUGUACACCUGGGUGGAUAAGAGUCCAGUGGUGGGAAUACUCCCCAAAGAAGGAAAGCUUGACGAGGUAUACAGUAAGCUGAUGGAUGCAAACCCAAACAUGGCGGUGUUCAAGAAAGAAGACAUUCCUGCUCACUUGCACUAUCAACACAACGUCCGGAUCAUGCCGAUCAUCAUCGAGGCCAAAGAGGGCUGGACCGUGGUACAGAACAGGAGCAGUUCCUUUAUGGCAGGAAACCACGGCUACGACAACACCUUACGCAGCAUGCACCCGGUGUUUGUCGCCCGUGGGCCAGCCUUUCGCCAGAAAUACAUCAAGACCUCCAUGCGUUCUGUAGACCUUUACCCUCUCAUGUGCCAGAUCCUAUCAAUCAGGCCCCUGCCGAACAACGGCUCCCUCAUGAACGUUAUAGACCUGCUGUCCCCAGACACAACUCCUCCCACAUCCAGCCCCCCUCCCAAGGUCCCCGUGUACUCCUACGCUCCUGUCAUGGGUUCCUUCCUCGGUGUGGUGAUGGUGCUGGGCUUUCUGGUGGUGUACAUCAGACAAGUGACGCUCAAACAGCUGCCCUCGCUCAAACACAGACGCAGGGAGAUGUCGCAGCCCUUACUGCAAGAGGACUUGCACCUGUAGAUGAUUGAACAGAGAGGAUGGCAGACAUAAAAGAAGAGGAGGUACCGCUCCCCAAGGUAGUCCGCUCUGUCCAGAAGCAUCCCCUAGACGCUUCCUAUUCAACGACUUCAUGCCAGUGUGAUUCUCUUUAUAAGAUAGGGAUGAAGAGAACAUAAUCUAACCUCCUAAUCAUGUACAGAGGUAAACCUUGUUUGCUUGUUUGUAAAGGAAACGUCGCGGGUUUGCUUCUGGUGCAGGAUAAUCAAGAUAAUAAACCUUUACAUGGGCUUCAUAGUGGCUUUGCUUUGAUUGUGAAUUUUACCUACUAUCAUUUUGUCAUCUUCAUUGUCAUUUAGGAAUUAAAGUGGAAUUUUAACCAGCCAAUCAGGCAGGUUUGGAGCAUUGUUAGCCAAAACCAUGACUCUGAUAACAUGAAGGUGUCAGUAUGCUCAAAAGGAACGCAUCUAUGUGAAGUUUACAGCGUUUACAGAGGAGGAAGUAGCAAUAAAACUUAAAAAGGGAAUACAUGCAAAGACUUUCAGACAAUCGUACCUUGAUGGCAUUCAUAGUUUUGCACUCGUUUGUACAUGGGAAAAAUAGAAGUAGCUUCAGUUUCAGGGAGAUGUUCAGUCUUUGCUUACUUUCUCCUCUUUACACGUCUGUGCUGGAUGGAUAUGAUGUCAGAUUGUCUGCUCCGGAAGGGGGCAGAAACUUUCAGGCACCCUCCUAUGCAGAGCGAUAAAGCUCCAUUAUCCCAGGACUUUUUGAUAUCCCUUCCCUUACUAAUUUUAGAUGUAAGCAAGGCCUGCAUAAUACGUUGCAUUGCUAUCAUUAUUGUGUCAUUAGAUUCACAGUAAACCCAUUGCUAAGGUCCCAACUGAUCCCAGUAAAUAAGGAAAAUUAUUUUAUGUCAACAAGAAAUGCUUCCUCACUCAUCAUAUGUAUGCGCACCUCACCUCAAAUUUGACCUGAUGUGGAGCGAUCAGUUAAAAGCAAACCAAAUUAUCUAGUAUUAUCUAGUAUAAAUGCUUUUAGAUCCAGGAGAAACAUGUUGCAUACAUUGUUAGAACAGCAGAUAGACAUAAGCCUAUGCAUACACUCUUUGGCUUUUGUUAGUUUAUCACAUUUAAUAUCAUUUUUGCAACAGUGAACUAUGUUUUUGCACAUUUCAUGUUUUUCUUAUAAUCGGCAGGCCUCAUUUAGGCUCAGUUUUCCCGUUCAUGUUAUCCCAUACAUCCUCUGCAUUCAUAUAACAAUGUGGAGACCAGUCCAUGACUGUCACAGUCUUAUUAGCUGUGCUUUCUCCGAAUAUGAUUUCACUGCAUUAGAAAGGAACUUGGGAUUAUUGUUGUGCUUUACAACAAAAAAAAAGAAAAAAAUAAAUAAGGCGAAAAGUGUCCCGGUGCUUUCCAAGAGUAAUCAGUGUUCUGGCAGAUCCUUGAAAAGCCUUAGAAAGACUUCAGUUGGACUUUUGAAAUUUAAUGCCAUAAAAACUCUUAUUUUUUAAUUUGUGAGAGGUCUUGAAUGUUAGAUGUCACUUUGUCUAAGACAAGUCUUUACUUACCAUUGGCACCUUUUUAUGAUUUCUUUGCAUAUGUGUUUGUCCAUGUUACAGCUUUCAGGCCGGCCACAAGAAAUACGUACACACCCCCCCACCCCCACACCCAUUUUGAUCAAUCUUCCCUGGCAAAGCGUCUUUUUUAAUAAUGAGUGUGUUAAGUAUCAGGUUAGCACACCUGAAAAUGUGUUAAUAUAAAAA